AUGUCUAAGACCGUCCUUAUCACUGGCGCCAACAGGGGUGUCGGCCGCGCGCUCACCAAGUUCUAUCUCGAGAAGGCCUGGCGCGUAGUAGCAGCCGCUCGCAAUCCCACCAAGGUCUCCCAAGAGGACAAGGUAGUCAUCGUCAAGAUCGACUCGUCCUCCCCCACCGACGCUCAAGAGGCGGUGGAGGAGCUCAAGAGCAAACCCGGCAUCACCCACCUCGACCUCGUCAUCGCCAACGCAGCUUCCUCCCAAAACUCGGCGCCUCUCGUCAGCUCUUCCGUCUCUACUGACUUGAUCACGAACGUCAGCGGUCCUAUUGCUCUCUACCAGGCGACAAGGUCUCUUUUGACCGAUGAAGACGCCUUUGUGGCCAUCACCUCUACGGCGGGAAGCGUCACUGGGGACUGGGGGCCUUCCCUUGGGGCUUAUGGAGCUACCAAAAUCGCUCUCAACUUCAUCAUCCGAGGAAUCCAUAUCGAAGAGCCAAAGCUCAAGGCUUUUGCUAUCAACCCUGGAUAG